UAAGUGUAAAGAGCAAUCGCAGGCGUCGCUUUGAAUAAGUUCAUGGCGGGCUGAUCGUACAUUUCCUCUUAAAUGAUGUCGAGUUCUCGAGAUGAAGUUUCCGCUAUGCAAGUCGAAACAGAUGACUUCAUUCUCUCCCUUACUUCUGUUGGAGAAGAAAAUGAUGAACAUACAGAAGUGAUAACAACAGAAGUCUCAGAUUUACCUCCUGAUUUAGUUAACACUGAUGUGGCUGAUUUGGCAAACAACCCCAGUCUAUGGCUUGGAUUAGAAGGAGCAUUGGAAUCGAAUGAUGCAGUAUCCAACAUGUCCAAUGUUUCUGGCAUAGUAGAGGAACAUGUUCAGACAAAUGAGUCAGCAGUGCAUUUAGGAAAUGACCCCAACAACUUGAAUAUGAAUGAUCUGGGUCAUUCUGAAGAAGUGGAAACUAUGACUAUUGAAGCUAUGGAGGUGGAUGUGCAAAACAUGGAAGUGAGCAGAAGUCAAGAGGUACACUCAAUACCCUUAGAAAGUUUUAUGGAUCAAAGUGACAUGGGAAUCAGUAUCAUGACAAGCCAGUGUGAUGAUAAAAAUGCGCCCUCGAUAACGCCAAUGUCCGUUUCCUUACCGGUAGUCGAACCAGUGACUAGAACUGUUUUCCCUCUGGGUCAAAUCAAGAAAACAAUUCCAGUUUCUUCCUCGACUCAGGUUACUAAAGUCGUGCUAGCACCCACAAGCCAAAAUCAAACUGGACAGCCAUUACUUCUUACAGUUCCAGCAUCAACAAGUGGAUUAACAUCUCUACUAACUCCGAAUACAAAUUUGCGGUUUGUUAAUGCCCUUAGUACAGAUGGCAGUAAAAUGUCGACCAUCGGUACACCCUCUUCAAACAUUCAUUCACAAUCUGUUCGCCUUAUGAGCCCGACCAAAACCAUCACACUUCAGCAAGCCCAACAGCUUGGACUUAUAUCGCCUAAAAAGGGGCAACCUUUAAUUGUAAAUAAAGUCGCCGUUGCCACGGCAAGUCAAGGAACCCCUACUACCAAUAUCUUGGCAGGAAAACAAGGAGCUAAAUUUGCAGGAGGAAACGUGACGUUGGUAAGAAGCGCCCCCACCAAAACACCAACGAAAAUUGCCCCAGCUCCCCCGCAGACAGUUGCAUCGAAUAUUUCAUCCAGUUCUUCAAUACAAAGCCAACCAACCAGCUUACUGAUAAAGAACGCUGCUGGACAAGUAACAAUGGCAGCACUGGUCCAAACUAGACCCAACGGUGGUAAUGUCACCAACAUGAACCCCCUUAGUCCUCAGAAGUUCGUACUGAGACCUUCUGCACCAGGCCCGAUCACUGCAGCCCAAGUUCGUCAAGGAAGUGGAACACAACCGGCUCAGUACAUAAGAUUAACAACAGCUCAAGCUUUAGCUGCCGGAAUACUCCCCGCAAUCGGAACCCACGGAGAACAGAGUGGUCAACAGCAGCAUUUUCAACUUGCCGGGAACAAGAUACAAUUAGUUCGCGUUGUUAACCCAUCUGCUGGAAACAACGGGUCGGGAAAUUUGGUUACUGCAUCAGGAACUUCAAAAGUUAUAAUCGGGGCACCUACUGCAAAUUCUAUUAAGAUUCAUUCAGCAAACAGUUCGCUGGCACAACAAACAGUUAAGGGAACAACUACUUUAACAAAGGCGGUAGGGCAAGUAAAGGGUGCGAUUUCCACUGUUAAUGUUCCUCCAGGAGCUCAACGUAUUAUACUACCUGCUGGAUCGAUGGGUUCCCUGGCAAGCGGCCUUGUGAUGGUUCCAGCUCAGUAUACUUCUCAGAGUUCAAUCGGGGUGAGUGGUUCGCCAGCAACAGUCAACUUCUCGACCGUUACAACCAGUGCUGCUACUGUUGUGUCAGAUUCUGUUGCUUCGCCGGUAGUAUCUAGCGUCAGUACAACUUCCCGUUUAUCCCAACAACCAAAAGCGGCUCCUCCGCCUUCUCCCGAGUCUGCUCAAAUGUCGGCUUCUGCAUCCCAGGCGAAAGCACAAAGUGUACUGGAAUCGAACGGACUCAAGCCGCGCAAGCCAUGCAAUUGUACCAAGUCGCAGUGCCUCAAACUUUAUUGUGAUUGCUUUGCCAACGGCGAGUUCUGUCAUGGUUGUAAUUGCGUCUGCUGCGCCAACAACUUGGAGCACGAAGAACUACGUCUGCGAGCUAUCAGAUCAUGUUUAGAUCGUAAUCCACAUGCAUUCAAACCCAAAAUUGGUGUCGGAUGGGGUCCGGAGCCAAGACGUCACAAUAAAGGAUGUCACUGCAAGCGCUCCGGCUGUUUAAAAAACUACUGCGAAUGUUACGAGGCCAAAAUAGCUUGCUCCGCCAUUUGUAAAUGUAUCGGAUGCAAAAACUGUGUCGAUCCUGCUGGUUCUCCGCCAGGACCUGGAGAGAAAAGACUCUCGAAAAUGGCAGCCCUUCAAACUAAUCCGAGCAGUUCUAGCGAUAGCCGAACGGUGAGCAAUCCAGCUUCUCACAAUAGCAAACAAGAAGACCGCGCCACUGAUCCUCCUAAAGGCUUUUCAAUACCUACAGCAGCUGGGUCGAGUAGGCCGCCGUUUAGUUUCAUCACCCAAGAAGUCGUGGAAGCUACGUGUCAGUGCCUUCUUGCCCAGGCUGAAGAGGCCGAAAGGCUGUGUAAAACCUCUACUGAAACGGAAGGCCUCGUUCUUGAAGAAUUCGGUCGAUGCCUACUUCAAAUAAUAGAAUACGCUUCCAAAGCCAAAGUCUCUGCCAGCCCUUGAUGAAACGUCGCCAACCGGGUCAGCAAUCGAACAGAGAUGGCCAACCAUCUCACGGAUUUCAUUUCUAAAUUUACUAUGUACAAAGUACGGUCCCAAUAGACUAUCCCCCAAAGGGUUUUAAACAACUCGCGGCCGUUUAGCUUCAGUCAAUUUUAAAGUGAAAAUAUGAUCGCAGAACAAUUUACAAAUAUUUUUAUUUACCUUUCUUUUACAGUAAAAUUAUAACCUCUUGUACAGCUAGGUAAACAGUGAGCUGCAUUGAAACUUUAAAGACAAACAACGAUUAAUUUCAUUGAGUUUCAAGUGGUGGUAGCGCCCAAAAAUAAGUCGUGAUUUUUGCCAAUUUUCGAAUUCUAUUGUCGAAGUUAAGUUGUUGAGCGCUACCACUAAAGAAUUGAAAUUAAAGGCUGUUUUUCUUAAAAAUGUACUAGUAGCUUAUUCUUUACCAAUGUGCAAACGAGGUUUUGAUUACGUUACUGUAACAAUAACAUUGUUUCAAGAACUAAUUUUUUAAUUACUAAAAAACAUUUAUAGUAUCUUUUCGGCUGUGAAUGUUUAACUCUUCGUUGAAUAGUCUAUUGUCCCAUAGUUUUAUACAUUAUAAUUUUUUAAGAAGAAAUCCAAUGAGAUGGUCGCUUUUGGUCGUUCGGCUUAAACUGACCCAAGCUUAGUAUAAAUGGAGCCGGGAUUUAUUUGUUGAUAGAACUCCGUGCAUGUCAUAGAUAUAUUAACCUUCUGUCUUUAUUGUUUUGCUACUGCUUCUUUUGUUCAUCUUGAGUUUUUUAGAUGUAAAAAUAUGGCUUCAAGGGGAGAUGAUUUAGGACUUUUUGACGUGGUUCAAAUAUACCAUAAUCUAAGGCUUGAAGAGAGUGAGUUAAGUUAAAUAGACACCAAAUAUAAUUUUUUUUUUCUUUGGUGUAAUUUUGGAAUAUUGGUGUAAUUUUCAUGCUCCUUUUUUUUAUAGAGCUGUGCAUUUUGUAUGGGUGAUAGCUAACUGGGUAACCAAAUCUAUAGCUCAUACCAAGUUUACUCGUUUUAACUAAAAAAAAUGGAAAUCCAAUGAUCUAUAAUAUUGAUUACUUUGUAAUGGUUGUUAUUCCCUUGACUUGUUUUACUUUUGGUUUUUAAAAUACAGAACGAUGUGGGUUUUGUA